AUGUCAGAUCCAUACAGCGCCAAGUCAAGCACAAACGCCACACCACAAGAGAAGCUCGACCUGUUCCACAGCAUCAUCAAGCCAGUGAAGACGUCGAUGCUCGUCUCGCGCAACACAGACAGCUUCUUGCACUCGCGCGCCAUGACUCCAGUCUCAGUGGAUCACCUCACCUUCUACUAUAUUGCCAAUGUGAAGAGUGGCAAAACCAAGGAAUUCGAAAACGACUCCCACGUGAACAUCUCUUACUACGAUCCAGCGUCUACCAACUGGGCAUCCCUCGCAGGCACUGCGACUGUCACACAGGACCAGAAAGUGAUUGAGAGCGUCUGGAACCCAGGUCUCAAAGCCUGGUUCGGCGACUUGGGCGAUGGAAAGCACACGGGUGAUAAAGACGAUCCUCGUAUAAUGGUCAUCGUCGUUAAGCCCGUGUCGAUCCACUUCUGGCACAACACCUCUUCCAAGCUUGGAUUCACUUACGAGGUCGUCAAGGGCGCAGUCACGGGCGAUGUUGCCUCUCCAGGCGAGCUGAUGACGAUUGAGAAUGACGAAAUCGAGCUCAUUAACGGACUCAAGAAGUGA